AAAUAUUAAAUAGUUUAUAAAAAUAGUAAAUAGAUAAUAUAAUUUAGUAUUACCUCUAGAGGUAAAAAUAUUUAUAUAAUAUAUAAUAAUAAUAUUAACUCAAAGAUUUUUUUAAGAUUAAUUGCUAACCAAAAAAAAGUUACAUAUUAGCAUUAAUAAUUUUAUGAGGAAUAAAAAAUUUAUUUUUUUAUAAUUUUUUUAAAUUUUUUUUUUUUAUUUAAAAAUUUAUUCGUCAAUUUAUUUUUUUAUUUUAUAUUUCCCUAACACUUGGAUCAAAACAAAAAAAAAAAUGAUUAAAACAACAUUAGUUGUUUUGGUUUUAUCAUUAUUGGGUGUUGCUUAUUCCCAAAAACCAUUUUAUUGUCAAGCAAAUUUACCAAAUCCUUCAGAAAAUACAAAUGACUUAACAUUAGAAAUGGUACAAAUUUUAACUAGACAUGGUGAUAGAACUCCAUUAUAUAGCACAUUAAAAUCCGAUAUGUCAGUUUGGGAUUGUGAUUUAGGUUGGUUUAUGGUAUCAAGUCAAAAUAAUAUCCCAGGACCAGCUUCAGAUGUUAACAGAUUAUUUAGAAAAGUUUAUAUGCCAAAUAGAGAAUAUUUCCCAGGUAAUUGUUCAGAUGGUCAAUUAACUUCUUUAGGUUAUUCACAACACAUUCAAUUAGGUCAAGCCCUUCGUGAACUUUAUGUUGAUAAAUACCAAUUAUUACCAACCCAAUUAACAGAUUCAAAUACAAUUUGGGUACGUUCAACUGAUGUACCAAGAACUAUUCAAUCUGCUCAAGCACAUUUAACUGCUCUCUUCCCACCAGCUCCAGUUAGCAAUGGUGAAGGUAUCGCUGUUAUUAAUAUUAAUACUAUGGAUAGUUAUUAUGAAAAUAUGACACCAAACUCUGUUCUUUGCCCAGAACUUGCUAUUUUGCUCGCUAAUGCAACAAGCACCCCAGAAUAUCAAGAAUGGGUUAAAAAUACCACAGAGUUAAAACAACAAAUUAUGCAAGCUCUUGAUAUUUCCGUAUUCCCAGGUUGGAGCUCAUUUAUGGAUUUAUUCUUUGCUACCCAAUGUCACGACUUCCCACUUCCAGCUGGUAUCACCCAAGAAAUGGUCGACGGUGCUUAUGAAGCUGCUUUCUGGCAAUAUUCAUACCAACUUUCAUUCCCAAUGAUUGCUCGUUUGGGUAUGUCAACUUUCUUAGAAGAGAUGGUUGAAAACAUUAGAAACUAUAUUGAUAAUGUUGAUAAUACCAAAUAUUAUCUUUUCUCUGGUCAUGACGACUCUGUUGGUCCAUUUACAAAUCUUUUUGGUUUAAUGAAAGAGUGGCCACCAUAUGCCUCACAUGUCGAACUUGAAUUAUGGUCUGAUUCAAAGAAAAACUAUUUCCUUCAAUUCAAAUGUAAUGGUGAAUCAUUCACAUUAAAUGGUUGUAGUGAUGUUAUGUGUCCAAUUGAUUCAUUCUUUGAAGUUGCCUAUUCAAUUUUAGUACCAGAUUACGUUGAUGCUUGUUCAAAUUCAACCUCAAUCUAUUAAAUAUUAUAAAGAGAUUGUAAUAAAAUAAAAAAAUAUAUAAUUUUUUUUUAGUUUUUUAUUUAAAAAAAAUUGAU